AAUCAAUAGUUUCCUGAAUAAGCUAGAGAGUCACUUGGGCUGCAAAGAUGUUGGAAGAAGAUAUGGAGGUGGCCAUCAAGGUGGUGGUAGUAGGAAAUGGAGCUGUUGGAAAGUCCAGUAUGAUUCAGCGAUAUUGCAAGGGGAUUUUUACAAAAGACUACAAGAAAACUAUUGGUGUAGAUUUCCUGGAAAGACAAAUCCAAGUUAAUGAUGAAGAUGUCAGGCUAAUGUUGUGGGACACUGCGGGACAAGAAGAAUUUGAUGCAAUAACUAAGGCCUACUAUAGAGGAGCCCAGGCUUGUGUUCUUGUGUUUUCUACAACUGACAGAGAGUCUUUCAAAGCAAUCCCUACCUGGAAGGAAAAAGUUGUGACUGAAGUUGGAGACAUUCCCACAGUUCUUGUCCAGAAUAAGAUUGAUCUUCUUGAUGACUCUUGUAUAAAGAACGAAGAGGCAGAAGCACUGGCAAAAAAGCUAAAAUUAAGGUUCUACCGAGCGUCUGUGAAGGAAGACCUAAACGUAACCGAAGUUUUUAAGUAUUUGGCUGAUAAAUAUCUUCAAAGGCUCAAGCAACAAACAGCUGAAGAUCCAGAACUAGUACAUACAAGCAGUAACAAGAUUGGUGUUUUUAAUACAGCUGGUGGAAGUCACUCCAGCCAGAAUUCUAGCACUCUUAAUGGUGGAGAUGUCAUCAACCUUAGACCAAACAAACAGAGGACCAAGAAAAACAGAAGUCCUUUUAGCAACUGCAGCAUACCUUAGACCACUUUGGGAGGAAGAAAACCCAGUCCGGUGAAUUGGAUGAAGUUGUGCAAUUAGGUACAGAAUAAAGCCAGCUGUAGAGGUAUUUUUACCAGUGCUUUAGCAAAUCUUGUGGCAAUGGGAUCCUUGAUAAACUUGCUGAUGCUGUGGGUUUGGUGUGUAGAAUGAGACACCUGGUGGCAAAACACAGAACCGUGGCUGCCCCAUGCACUUUGUAAAAUUUA